CAGGUCUCGGGCCCCCAGGCGGAGCGGCGGGCACCGAGUCACCAGGCACGACAGUGGGCUCCGAGUCAACUGGCAAGACUGCGGGCACCGAGUCAACUGGCAAGACUGCGGGCACCGAGCCAACUGGCGGAACAGCGGGCUUCGAGUCAUCUGGCAGGACUGCGGGCACCGAGUCAUCUGGCAAGACUGCGGGCACCAAGUCGUCUGGCAAGACGGCAGGCACCGAGUCGUCUGGCAAGACGGCGGGCACCGAGUCGUCUGGCAAGACUGUGGGCACCGAGUCGUCUGGCAAGACUGCGGGCACCGAGUCGUCUGGCAAGACUGCGGGCACCGAGUCGUCUGGCGGAACAGCGGGCAUCGAGUCAACUGGCGGAACAGCGGGCACCGAGUCGUCUGGCAAGACUGCGGGCACCGAGUCGUCUGGCAAGACUGCGGGCACCGAGUCGUCUGGCAAGACUGCGGGCACCGAGUCGUCUGGCAAGACUGCGGGCACCGAGUCGUCUGGCAUUGCAUCGUCUGGCUCGACAGCGGGCAUCGGGUCACCAGGCAUCAGGUCAUUUGGCUCGCCAGCGGGCACCGCGUCAUCUGGCAAGGCAGUGGGCACCGAGUCAACAGGUACGACAGCGGGCACUGAGUCAAUUGGCUAAUAGGAUCAUCAGGCUGGAUCAG